UGAUAGAAUCUGGUUCAAAGAAUUGGGAUUAACAAGAGACAAUAAGAUUUUUAUUCAACAGACUCCUUCUUCAACGGAAAUCCAAAGUACAAAUUAAACUUUUGGCUGAAAAUUAUGAGGAUCUUAGAGCCUAGUUUCUCCCCCCAACACGAUAACCAACUAGCUGCCUUCCUCUUCUUUGCUGUCUCUCUAUAACAGCCUAAUUAAUUAACUUAUUACCAUAGCAGAAUGACCAUCAUUAUGAAAUUUAUAGAUGUAAAUUAGAUCAUUAAUAAUAAUGUUCAAAUAAAAAAUUAUCUAAAAAUAAAGUCAUUCAUCAUUGAUAAGUAAAACUCCUAGUUUUAGACCUAUCAUAGAAAUAGAAAUAAGUAACCAGAGUCAAUUAAUAUAAAAGAAUAAAAAUAACAUAGUAAAAAACUCCUUUCUCAUGUGAGUAGAACGGAGCCAAGGACAUAAACAGAAUAGUGAGCUGGAGUACUUUAGUUGUGAGUUGGUUGGAAAUGCACCCACUGUAAAGAGAGGAGAGAUAUGUGUGAGAAGUGUGUGAUUUAGCUUCUUUGGAAGGGUUGCACACUGUCUAAUGAUAAAAGGGAGAUCAAUUUUGACAUUAUCCGUAAAAGUUUGAUAGACAGCCUGCGAUCAAGGGCAAAGGGUUUUUUUGCCCCCAUGUCACGAGUAAUGGUGUGACAGCUGUCGAGGCAAUGUUGUCAAAAUUGAUGUCCUACCUAAGAUCAAGAGGGAGUUGGAAAAUUGGAGGUAGGAAUGGUAUUUCCAACAUGGAUUUGUUAUCAUUGGAAAUACAAAAUUAUACUUGAAGAUACAUUACAUAUAUACAUAAAACAACACACAACAUUAAUAACUUAUGAAUCACAAAAUUUAGCUACACUUAAAUUGAAAUUUAGUACACCAAUAAAUCAUAAGUACAUAAAACAGAGAACAGAGUGAUAGAGAUGUAAUAACCUCUAUAGUUGAAAUAAAAACAUGAGGAAGAGAUGCAAUCGGCUGAAAUCAGAACCAAGGAAGAGAUCAGAAUUCAGUUACAGAAGGCCAAAAUCAGUAAACAAGGCAUAGAUGCGGAUGGCCAGGGACCAGAAUGCAGUCACAGAUUGCUGAACUCAGCUCACAAGGCAGAGGUGCAGAUGGCCAAAGUCAGAAUUCAGAAUGUGCAAAGAGAAGCCAGAGAGAGAUCACCAAUGUCAGUAUUUGCAAAAAGAAGGCAGAGAGUAGUAAUAAGGAACAGGGACAGGAGGGGGUGGGAGCAGAUGGCCAGAGACUAGAACGCAGUUUCAGAUUGCUGAAAUAAGCCCACAAGGCCGAUGGAAGACAUAAUUCUGAAUGAGCAAAGAGAUGGUGAAGAGUAGAGAGAUUCCCAAAGUCAGACUUUGCAAACACAAGGCAGACAGUAGAGUUCUGACCAGCUGGAAACCCGUUUGAAAGCUAUGAACUUGGUUGGCGAUAUAAUUUCUGUUCCUGGAUCUUCCAUUUCUGAAGCAUUUCAGCCCAUAUUUUCAGAAUUUUUGAAGAGGUUGACUGAUAGAGUUGUUGAUGUCCGCAUGUCUGUCCUUGAGCAUGUAAAGAAAUGUCUGGUGUUGAAUCCUUUCAGAGCUGAAGCUCCUCAAAUAAUAUCUGCCCUUUGUGAACGGCUGCUGGACUUUGAUGAAAAUGUUCGAAAACAAGUUGUGGCUGUUAUCUGCGAUGUGGCAUGUCAUGCCCUAAAUGCUGUUCCACUUGAAACUGUGAAACUUGUUUCAGAACGGCUCCGUGAUAAAUCUCUACUUGUUAAAAAGUAUACAAUGGAAAGAUUGGCUGAAGUGUAUAGAGUUCUUUGUGAAAAGAGCAGUGAUACUGUCAUUCCUAAUGAAUACAACUGGAUUCCUGGGAAGAUUCUUAGAUGUUUCUAUGACAAAGAUUUCAGAUCUGAUAUAAUUGAAUCUGUUCUGUGUGGAUCACUGUUUCCUGUAGAAUUUUCAGUCAGUGUUAUUGCUAAACAUUGGAUUGGAGUUUUCUCUGGAUUUGAUAGAGUGGAGGUAAAAGCUCUUGAAAAAAUACUGGAGCAGAAACAAAGGUUACAGCAAGAGAUGCAGAAGUAUCUGUCUUUGAGGCAGAUGAGUCAGGAUAAAGAUAUUCCCGAGCUGCAAAAGAAGAUUCUUUUCUGUUUCAGAGUAAUGUCCCGUUCGUUUGCUGACCCUGUAAAAGCUGAAGAGAGUUUCCUGAUUCUGGAUCAAUUAAAAGAUGCUAAUAUCUGGAAGAUUUUGACAAAUCUCGUUGAUCCAAAUACUAGCCUCCAUCAAGCUCGUGCCUACCGGGAUGAUUUACUUAAAAUACUUGGAGAAAAACAUCGUCUCUAUGAGUUUUUUAAUACCUUCUCUGUGAAAUGCUCUUAUUUGCUUUUUAACAAGGAGCAUGUAAAAACAAUUCUCCUAGAAACAACAGCUCAAAAAUCUGCACAAAAUGCUCAGCAUACACAAUCUUGUAUGAAUAUAUUGGUGAUAAUUGCUCGCUUCAGUCCAUUGCUCCUUCGUGGAAGUGAGGAGGAGCUGGUGAAUUUACUGAAAGAUAAUGAUGAUACAAUCAAGGAAGGUGUUCUAAAUGUUGUAGCUAAGGCUGGUGGUACUAUUCGUGAACAACUUGCAGUCACAUCAACUUCUGUAGACCUUAUAUUGGAGAGACUAUGUUUAGAAGGCAGUCGGAGGCAGGCAAAGUAUGCUGUCCAUGCACUGGCUGCAAUUACAAAGGAUGAUGGCCUCAAGUCUCUCUCUGUUCUAUACAAGAAACUUGUAGAUAUGCUGGAAGAUAAAACACAUCUGCCUGCAAUACUUCAGUCUCUGGGGUGUAUUGCGCAGACAGCAAUGCCUGUCUAUGUAACCAGAGAGAAGGAAAUUGAAGAAUUUAUAAUAAACAAGAUUCUGAAAAGUGACAGUCAAGAAGAUAACCGGAAAACAUCUUGGGAUGGUGAAAGCGAUCUUUGUAAGCUGAAGAUAUAUGGCAUUAAAACAUUUGUAAAGAGCUACUUGCCAGUCAAAGAUGCUCAUGUUCGUCCAGAUAUUGACAGGAUUCUGGAUAUACUCAGGAAUAUUUUACUAUAUGGGGAAGUAUCAAAGGAUCUAAAAUCAAGUUCAGUUGAUAAGGCCCAUUUGAAGCUAGCUUCUGCUAAAGCUGUUCUUCGGUUGUCAAGACUUUGGGAUCACAAGAUACCUGUUGAUCUUUUCCACUUAACUUUAAGGGUGUCCGAGGUUAGUUUCCCUCAAGCUAGGAAGAUUGUAUUGAGUAAAAUUCACCAAUAUAUCAAAGACCGCCUUUUGGAUGCCAAAUAUGCAUGUGCUUUCUUAUUGAACAUAUUUGGAUCCAAACCAAACAACUUUGCAGAGGAUAAACAGAACCUGGCCGACAUUAUUCAAAUGCACCACCCGUUGAAGGCAAGACAACUUUCUUCACAAUCAGAUGCAAAUUCCUUGGCCACUUACCCUGAGUACAUUCUUCCAUACCUAGUUCAUACACUUGCUCACAAUUCAUGUCCCGAUGUUGAUGAGUGCAAGGAGUUUGGAGCAUAUGAUGAUAUAUACCGGCAGUUUCACUUAAUACUUUCAAUGCUACUGCAAAGAGAUGAAGAUGUCAAGUCAGAAGUAACUACUGACAAAGAGAAGGAAAUUGUAUCUACUAUCACUUGUAUCUUUCUGAGUAUCAAGCAUUCUGAAGAUUUAGUUGACACAUCAAAGUCAAAGAAUUCUCAUGCAUUAUGUGACCUUGGUUUAGCAAUAACCAAACGCUUAGUGCAGAAGGAUGUUCAUUUGCUAGGAUUGUCACAUUUGGUUUCUCUACCUCCAAUGCUAUACAAAGCAUCCGAGAAGGAAGGAGAUGACACUGGGGUAACUGAAGUUAAAAGCUGGUUGGCUGAUGAAAAUGCGUUGGCUCACUUUGAAUCUCUUGAACUCGAUAUGGUUCAUUCCCAAUCAGCAGAGAAUGAAGCUUCGAAGGAUGAUGAAAAGGACGGAAAUGAGAUACCUCUGCGAAAGAUGUUAAAGCACAUAAAAUCCCAGGGGUCCAGGGGCAAAAAGGUGAAAAGGAAGAAGUCUCCUUCAGCUGAAACGAAAAAGGAAGAAAAUGAUUUUGACACUGUAAAUACGGCUAGACAAAUUAAUGGGGAUACCUCUUCUAAUGUGGAAGCAAGUAAUGGCCACGGACAUUCUUUGAGUAAGAAGGCCCUGAAGGAUCUAGGUUCUACAGCAGGUAAAAAAAGAAAAGCUAGAGAAACAACACCUAUUCCAGUGCCUAAACGUAGACGGGCUUCAUCUACUCCUGGAAAAUUGACUUUAUCAACUAGUAUAUCAAAGACAUCUCGAAGAGUUUCAGAAGAAGAAUCCCCUCAACCCAAACUUUUACUGGAUGAAGAAGUUAGCCCUGAUGCAGAUGGCAAAGCCAUCCAGAAAAAAAUGGUCAAAGGCAGUGAAAAAGAUUUGUUAUUAUCCUCAUUAAAACAAAAGGUUAAAGGUUCUGAUGGUUAUCAUAAUGAUGAGUUGAACAAACCUGAUGAGCAUGACAUGAUGAGUCUUGAUCGUGUACAACUAAGUGAUAAGACUGUUAGUAACAUUAACAAGUCUUCCAUGGGGUCCACUAAAAAAGGGAAAAGAAAAAGUAUUUCAGGAAUGGCUAAGUGCACAACAAAGGGAGGUGAAAUUGAUAUCGAAGAUCUAAACGGUUGCAGAAUUAAAGUUUGGUGGCCUAUGGAUAAGAAAUUUUAUGGAGGCACCAUUAAGUCCUAUGAUCCUUUGAAAAGGAAGCAUGUGAUAUUAUAUGAAGAUGGAGAUGUAGAAAUACUCCGAUUGGAAAAGGAGCGCUGGGAGCUUAUUGACAAGGGCCGCAAAACUACUAAGAAGAUAAAGCUCUCUUCACUUGAAGCUUCUGGGCAAAAGCACAAAAGUUCAAGUGGCUCAUCACGUAAAAAAGCAAAAAAAAUAACCAACGGUAAUCAAUCUUCCAGCAAACCUGUAAACCGUGCAUCAAAAAGUAAUUUGCAUCAUGAGGAUGCCAAAGAGACUUCAGAGAUGUCAAGUCCUAAAGAGACCGCAGCCCCUAAAGCCAAUGAAAUGGACUCAGGUGAUUCAGAAGAGGAAUUGACUGGAGGGUUUGAGGAAAUCACGAGAAAGGAGAAGUCUAUCAAAGGUACAAAAUCAGGUUCCAGAGGAAAGAAGCUACUGAAAGAGAAGAAUUUUAAUUAUACCGAAGAAUUGAAUGAAGAGAAGCAGGUCUAUAGUUGGAGGGUUUCUGAAGAUAGAGAGAGUGUCCCACGAGGUAGUUCCGAAGAGAGAGAAUUGGAUAAAUCAAAUGGAGCCUUGAGGGAUGGAGAAGAAGAAUUAGAUUCUGAAGGGCGUGAAGAUGAUAGCGAUGCUGGAAGUAGUCCUCGAGAAAGGGCGAGAUCACAUAAAGAGCCUUCAAAGAGUCCUUAUGAUGGCCAUGACACAAAAGCAGAGAUUUCUGAUGACGUGCCUCUGAGUAAAUGGAAACGUAGGAUGGGUAAGAAAAGCUCGGGGAAAGAACAAUGAGCAGUUUAACUGUUGUGAUUUAUCUGUCAAGAUUGCAGCGGAGUUGAUGCUGUUGUACAAGUACAGGUGUUAGCUUGAGUGAUGAUUGCACUGCCAAAUUGGAGAUCCUUUAGUUAUUAACAUUAAUAAAUAUGCUUAGCAAGUCUUGUAGCCACCCUGUAGAGCAAAAAAUAACAGCAGUCAUCCCCAUGUUUAUAAAGAAAAAAUGGUGACACUUUUGGGUUCUUUA